UGCUCCGUAACACCAUCAAUUUCUGGCGUUUACGAAAUAAUUCCUAACGAGGACUUCACGUCGUUGAACAUAACAAUACUUUCAUUCAAUGAAGAUAUGGCUGGGGAAUAUAGCUGUUUUCAAAAUGGCAUUCAGAUUACGUCUAUCUGCAUCAAAACAGUGGUGAAUCUCACUUCAUUGGUACUACUUCCACAGACCGACGUCAAAUAUCCUGUAUACAAAGAACAAUCUGAGUUCAAAUGCACAACGUAUUCAUUGGUUUGCAGCCGGACGUAACAUAACUGACAUGGCCAGCUAUACACAGAGCUCUGAAGGAGCGACCAGUAUUCUUAGAUAUACGCCGCAGGCAAUCACCAGCGAAGAUUUAAUAUGUACAGCAUAUUAUGUAUUGAAAUCAACAAAUAUAACAAUUCAAAGGCGGACAUACAUGACAAUUCAAUACACUGUUACAAGGCCUAUUAUUUCAAUAAAUAACAGCAAUGUUUCCGAAACAGCAUUCAUUAGGGAAGGAAGGUCGGCUGAGUUUAAAUGCUACGCCAGUUCAUAUCCACCUCCACGGUACCGCUGGUUCUACCCAGGAGGCACAUCGGAAGUUGCAACAGUGACAAUACAAUUUAACCAUACUGCAAACGGUUGGAAAAUGUCAUGCAACGCAACAAACAACUAUUAUUCCCUAAAUGGAACAGCAGGAACAAAGUCAACGACGUUAGAUACGAUUAUUAAUUUGAAUAUAACAUUUCCUCCGUUAUUUGUCAGCAUCAAAAAUAUUGAAAACAAUACAGCUAUGGCCAAAAACAUUAUCCGACUGGUUAAAGGAGAUUCAUUGCGUUUAAUCUGUGAAAGUGUCGCAAAUCCAUCGGCUACAACCGUGUGGCAAGUAAAGCAUGUGAAUUCUUACAUUCUGACGGCCAUAAAUAUCCAAGAGGAUACACAAUGGACAUGUGCGGCAUUCAAUACCAUAAAUGGUGUGCCUGAACGAACGAACCGAACCAUAUAUUUCGAAGUACUAUAUGGCCCUGUCCAUUUGAACCUCACGUACAACAUAUUUACAGGCCAAUCCAAAAAUGGCAUUGUAUUAAACGAUGGAAAUAUAACUGUGAUAGAAGGCAGUGCAGUGCUGUUAAAGUGUUCUGAUUCAAGUUAUCCCAUUGCAUCUCCGUUUGCGCCCCCUGUUACAACUCUGCACGGGGCUCCUAACGACACAGCUGUGCUAACGUUCACCAUAAAGGCGUACCCAGAGCCAAGUCUCAACCUGAAAGCCUAA